AUGACAACCCGACUAUUGACGUCAACCCAAUUUACUCAAUCACCUGCAGUUACAACAGUAAGGUUCCUAUACAAGGGAAAGACCAAAUUUAACGUGCUGCGGAUAAGAGUCCGGAAAACCACGCCCGAGUCAAGAGCCUUCACCUUCACCAUGAGGGUCAGAAAUGAUUUGGGUCCUCCCAUGGAGUUUGAGAAGGACACAGCCAGUUGGACAGGACAGACUCUGGAGCCCAGUGUUAUUGCCGGCAUUGCUGUUGCUGGCAGCAUUGUUGUGAUCGCUGUGAUUCUGCUGGCCAUCUACCUGUGUAUCCGGGCACGCAGUUCCAACUUGAAGGAUGAGAGUUUUGAUGCUCCGGACAACAAAUCCAGUGAAUAUUUUUCUAGCAGAAAUGAAAAUACUUUGGAAUCCCAGAAGAAAUAUUUACAACAAGGCGUAUAUUCAACUAAUAAAGAAAGUUCCAGCCAGUGGCGACCCCAGGAACCUCGACCUCCUCGUAGGGUGCGACCCCCUGUGCCAGAACCCACGCAGCCUGCACCACGAGACCCAGGCCGAAGAGGUUUGAGUGACAGGCAUCGGUCGGGAGAGCGAACAGCCAGGUCCACCUCACAGUCACAUACAGGCAGGAGGGGGAGAGAAUCAGUGGCAUAG